CCGCGGAAGUCCAUCCCGGAAUGCGCUGUCCGACCAAAUAUCUCAGCGCUUCUCUCCUGCGACAAUCUCUGCCUGCUAACCCCCCGCUGCUCGUUACCGGGACCGAGCCCCCGUUGCCGGGACCGACCCCCCGGGACUGACCCACCGGGACUGACCAACCGGGACCGAGGACCGACCAACCGGGACCCACCCACAGGGACUGGGACCAAGCACCGACCCACCGGGACCGACCCACCGCUACCGGGACCGACCCACCGCUACCGGGACCGAGCCACCGGGACGGGGCCACCGGGACCGACCCUCCGCCCCUGAUCCUCCAGAGACGGAGGAGUGCUACCGUAUCGUUGAACCUGGGCAUGUAGGGGUAACUAAUAGAUCCUCCAAUCAGGGCCGCCGUGUGCACGGGUUCGAGACCCGACGUCCGCCGAACUGAACCGUCGGGCCGGAGUGAAAGGAUCAGCACGGUAGAAGGUGGCUCAUAGUGUCCUAUUAGACCUCCGCACCCCCCACUGACCGCUGCCGGACCCCUCACACACACACGCACACACGCACACACACACACACACACACACGCCACGCACACAAGCGUGUAUCAGACGCACAGCCAUAUGCGUGUGUGUAGGGCGUCCUAUGCGCCCUGCGUCUGUCAGCUGUUCUGAGCCGGCUCCGGAUAGUGUUCCCACUUGGCUCAUCCCCACAUGAAGCCCGAACUAAGUCUGCUUGGUCCAAGUGUGCUCUGUUAGUGUCGGCGCGUCGGCCGUCCCGUUAGUGCGUCUAUCACCCCCCCCCCCCCCCCCCCCCCGGCGGGGCUGACUUGCGGGACCGAGAGUGAGUUGCGGGAGUGAGUUGCGGUAGCAGCAGCAGCAGCAGCAGCCAUGGGCGGGACGGUGUCGUGUUGUAUGUCUCCUCGGGAGACCCCCAAGAUCCACCGGCGGGAGGUGGAGCUGGAGGAUGCCCCCAUCACCACCACGGAGGAGGUGGACGUCAGCGAGGACACCGGGACGUACCUGCAGCACAUCAGCGACCGCGAACUGCCCGACGAGCUGGCCCAGGAGUCCAACCCGUCGGACCACCCCAGAGCCAGCACCCUGUUCCUCAACAAGUCCCAGACCGACGUGCGCGAGAAGCGGAAGAGCCAUAUCCUGAACCACACGUCUCCGCGGCUGAUGACCAAGAAGUCGAGCUCCUGCUCCACCAUCUUCCUCGACGACAGCACUGUGAGCCAGCCCAACCUGAAGAGCACCGUGAAAUGCGUGACGUUGGCGGUCUACUACCACAUAAAGAACAGGGACUCCAGCCACACCCUGGAUAUCUUUGACGAGAAGAAGCACCCGCUGACGCGGGAGAAGGUUCCGGAGGACUACGCCACCGCGGACCCGGAGCACAAGCUCAUCUACCGCUUCGUCAGGACGCUGUUCAGCUCCGCUCAGCUCACGGCCGAGUGCGCCAUCGUCACCCUGGUGUACCUGGAGCGGCUUCUCACCUACGCUGAGAUGGACAUCUGUCCGGGCAACUGGAAGCGCAUCGUCCUGGGCGCCAUCUUGUUGGCGUCCAAGGUGUGGGACGACCAGGCGGUCUGGAACGUGGACUACUGCCAGAUCCUCAAGGACAUCACCGUCGAGGACAUGAACGAGAUGGAGCGCCACUUCCUGGAGCUGCUGCAGUUCAACAUCAACGUCCCGGCCAGCGUCUACGCUAAGUACUACUUCGACCUGCGCUCGCUGGCGGAGGACAACAACCUCAGCUUCCCCUUGGAGCCGCUCAGCAACAAGCGCGCCCAGAAACUUGAGGCCAUCUCGAGGCUCUGCGAGGACAAGUACAAAGACAUGGGCCGCCCCUGCAUGAGACGCUCCCUGAGCGCAGACAACCUGCUCGGCGUCCGGAAGUCCCACGCUGUCCUGUCCUGAACGCACCGCCGGGCCGCAGCACUUCCAGGGGCGGGAAAGGAGAGAGGGGGAGGGGCCCUCUGUUGGGCCACGGCCACAGAAUAACCCCCCCCCCACACCCCCCCCAUGCCAAUAGCGCAAACCGUCAGUGUUUAAUUUUCUCUGCGAAAACGUCAAGUUUGUCCGGCGGCCAUCGCAGCAGCGAUAUCUCAGUCGUUUUAUUUCAGUUGGUUUGACUUCUGUGACUCGACGUCGUUUAAAAGUACCUCGGUUUGUGUUCAGUACUGUUAUUUUUUUAAAUAUUUUUUUAUCAUCCGUUGAUUGUUUUAACAUUGAUCCUGUUUUUGUUUUUUUUUUAAAGAGUUUUAAUUCCGCAUGGCGUUGGUAAACAUUAACAGACAGAGCUCCAUCACGCUCUUAUUUUGUAAAAUAAACACCUUUAUUUUGGAUGAAGACAAACUACAUUGAACAUGGACUUUUAAAAACAUGUUUAAAGACAAUAGAAACUUUUUUUUUUCACGCAUCUUUUCAACAAUGCAUGGCAGAAAGAUAUGAAAGUGAAACCACGAUGACCUGCUCGGAACAAGUUUUUUCUAGUUGUGUCACCAAACUGAGGAGGCGGGGCAUGGUAUUCCGACAAAUAAGAACGCAGUCGGGCCCUGACCCACUCUGAAAGUAACCAGCAGGCAGUGACUUGACUACCACGACCGCCAAUCAAACCCUGAAUGACCCAAUCACAGUCCUCCUCAGCUUUGUCCCGCCCCUAAUCUCCUGAUUGACAGAGAUGGAUUUGGUUUCAGGUUAGAAACUGGGCGACACAAACAGACAAUUUGUAGACGGUGGUUUUGUUAUAGUUUUUUUUUUUUUGCUUACUAUGUAGGCUCAUUUAGCUGAGAGAUGUACACGAUUGUAUUUAAUAAAAAAGAAACGGUUGCUGUAUUUAAAUAAAGAUGAAUUAAAUGACAAA